AUGCGGUCCCUGAACAUCACCCCGGAGCAGUUCGCGCAGCUCCUGCGGGACAACAACGUAACGCGGGAGCAGUUCAUCGCUCUCUACGGGCUUCAGCCGCUGGUGUACAUCCCGGAGCUGCCGGGGCGCACCAAGGUGGCCUUCGUCCUCAUCUGCGUGCUCAUCUUCGCCCUGGCGCUCUUCGGCAACUGCCUGGUGCUCUACGUGGUGACCCGCAGCAAAGCCAUGAGGACCGUCACCAACAUCUUCAUCUGCUCCCUGGCGCUCAGCGACCUUCUCAUCGCCUUUUUCUGCGUCCCCUUCACCAUGCUGCAGAACAUCUCCUCGAACUGGCUCGGCGGUGCCUUCGCUUGCAAGAUGGUGCCAUUUGUUCAAUCCACUGCUAUUGUAACUGAGAUUCUUACAAUGACCUGCAUUGCUGUGGAAAGACACCAGGGAAUUGUGCAUCCACUAAAAAUGAAAUGGCAGUACACCAAUAAAAGAGCUUUCACCAUGCUUGGCAUAGUCUGGUUGCUGGCAGUUAUUGUUGGGUCACCUAUGUGGCAUGUGCAACGGCUUGAGGUUAAAUAUGACUUUCUAUAUGAAAAAGUGUAUGUUUGUUGCUUGGAAGAAUGGGCGAGUCCGAUUUAUCAGAAGAUAUAUACGACCUUUAUUCUUGUUAUACUUUUCCUUCUUCCACUGAUGUUGAUGCUUUUUUUGUACACUAAAAUUGGCUAUGAACUCUGGAUUAAGAAACGAGUGGGAGAUGCUUCAGUUCUUCAAACUAUUCAUGGGAGUGAAAUGUCUAAAAUAUCAAGGAAGAAGAAGCGAGCAAUUGUUAUGAUGGUGACAGUGGUGUUUCUCUUUGCAGUCUGUUGGGCCCCUUUCCAUGUGAUUCACAUGAUGAUAGAAUACAGUAAUUUUGAAAAGGAGUAUGAUGAUGUGACAGUCAAAAUGAUCUUUGCAAUCGUCCAGAUUAUAGGAUUCUUCAAUUCUAUUUGCAACCCUAUUGUGUAUGCUUUCAUGAAUGAAAACUUCAAGAAAAAUUUUUUGUCUGCCAUCUGCUUCUGCAUUGUCAAAGAAAAUGCAUCACCAACCAGGCAACUUGGGAAUUCGGGGAUUACUAUGAGGCGGCAAAAGGCAAGUGUUUCUCAAAGAGAUCCCAUGGAUUCGGACGAUGCCAGGCGGGAGGCAUUCAGCGAUGGCAACAUUGAAGUAAAGUUCUGUGAUCAGCCAGCUUCAAAAAGGAAUUUGAAAAGGCAUCUUGCCUUAUUCAGCUCUGAGCUUACUGUGCAUUCUGGAAAUGGACAUUAG